AUGACAGACAAGCGCCCCAAGGACAACGGGAAGAUGAUUCCAGCAUAUAGUCCGAACAAAACCGACCCAAACAUUUCCGCCAAUCCCUUUGAGGAUCCCCAGAUCCGAGACUACUACGUUGGUGUCUAUGAGAAAGCAAAAUACGAGUGUCGACAUGUCUUCGACGCGGAGGCCACAUGUACAGAAGAAGAGGAGAAGAAGAUCGUCAAGAAACUUGACUGGCAUGUAUGCUUGUGGGCAUGUAUUAUGUUCUUCAGUCUACAGAUUGAUCGUGGAAACAUCAAUCAAGCCGUUUCGGGAACAUUUUUGAAGGAUCUUCACCUUAAUACUAACGAUUUCAAUCUUGGCCAUACCGUGUUCUUGGUGUCUUUUCUCUUGGCCGAGUUACCAUCUCAAUUAGUCUCGAAGAAGUUUGGUCCAGACCGCUGGAUUCCUACCCAAAUGGAUUUAUGGUCCAUAGUCGCCAUGUCGCAAGCGGGGCUUCGAGGCAAGCACGAAUUUCUUGCAACUCGUGCUCUUCUUGGAAUGCUUGAGGGUGGUUUCAUCCCAGAUCUAGUACUUUGGCUCUCUUACUUCUACACUAGUCGCGAGCUUCCCCUCAGGUUGAGUUUCUUCUGGACAGCCUUGAGUAUCACUGGUAUCAUUGCUUCGCUUCUUGCAUUCGGAAUCUUCCAUCUCGAAGGCCACCAUGGUCUUGCUGGCUGGAGGUGGAUCUUCUUAAUCAAAGGAACGCUCACACUUGCCCUUGGCAUUGUGUCCUUCUUCCUCAUGCCGGCAUCUGCAGCCCAGACAAAGACGUGGUUUCGACUUAAGGGAUGGUUUACUGAUCGCGAACUUUCUACAGUGGUGAAUCGAGUGUUAAGAUAUGAUCCCCGCAAAGGAGGCAUGCAUAAUCGACAGGCAAUCACCCCACGUCGACUGUGGACUGCAUUGGAAGAUUAUGAUCUCUGGCCAAUUUACAUGCUCGGUAUCAUAUGUUUUAUUCCACAGGGACCACCAGCUUACUAUCUCACGCAAAUUCUUCGGAAUCUUGGGUUUAACACAUUCAAUACCAACCUUCUUACCAUUCCAUCAGGAGUGGCCCAUAUGAUCACUCUUAUCGGCGUUACCUGGCUAAGCGAAAAAUUUAAUCAACGCGCGCUUUUUGCCAUGCUACAAGCCAUAUGGACCCUUCCUUGCAUUAUUGCUCUCCGAGCGCGAACUCCCGUGACUGGAGCUAAUGACUUUCGGUAUUUUUGCAGGGCUUGGGUGUCGAGAAACUCGAACAACGUUGGCUCUCGCAGCAUAUCUGCCGCCCUAUGCAAUAUGGCCGUUCAAUUGGGCGGCAUCGCCUCGGCAAACAUCGAUCGUGACGAUGACAAGCCGUUGUAUAAGCGAGGCAACCAAGUCUUGAUUGGAAUCAACGUACUGAGCAUUGUUCUGUGCCUUUACGCAAAGGUAUACUACGUCAUCAAGAACAAAUUCGAGCGCAUUGACUACACGUACAAUACUACGGACACUGCCAGUCGGCAACUCGACUUCCGAUUUGCCCAUUGAGACUCAAUGUCCGAUAUAUCGAGCUCUAUUCGGCUUCCCUUGUCCGUGUGGAAGCGCCAGCAAGUGUACCCAAGCGGAACUGCGGACUGACGGGCAAGAACUUGUCCAAC